AUGCUAUCUCACGCCGACCUCCUGGACGCCAGGCUAGGUAUGAAAGAUGCAGCCGAGCUUUUGGGACACCGGGAGGCGGUGAAGUGUCGGCUGGGUGUGGGGGGCUCCGACCCUGGGGGUCACCCGGGAGACCUGGCCCCCAAUUCGGACACGGUCGAGGGAGCAACACUUCUCCCUGGGGAGGACAUCACCACGGUGGGCUCUAACACGGCCUCACUGGCGGUCAGCGCCAAGGACCCGGACAAACAGCCGGGACCACCGGGCGGGCAGAACCCCAGUCAGGCAGGACAGCAGCAAGGGCAGCAGAAACAGAAGCGCCACCGUACUCGUUUCACCCCUGCACAGCUCAACGAGCUGGAGAGGAGCUUCGCUAAGACUCACUACCCAGACAUCUUCAUGCGCGAGGAGCUGGCCCUCCGGAUCGGCCUCACCGAAUCCCGGGUACAG